AAUUACCUGUCAUUACUCCCACAUACCUGGCCGCUCAGCCUUCUACUUCAGCUUUAGCCGAUGUGUCUGAAAAAUCGCAACCUCUUAAUCAUACACUGGGAAUUCUAGUGACAAUUGUUGUGAUUAUUCUCGUAAUAAUAAUUGGAAUCGGGUCUUGUAUUUACUAUCGUCGAAUAAAACAUGCCAAAGAAAGAAAUGAAGAAGCCCAGAAAUACAAUAGUAAUAAUAAUUCUAAUUCUGAAUACGAACCGAAAAAUAACUUUCUAGAACAUCAUAUUGACCCACAAGUUUUGCCAAACCGGGGCUUCGACAGCGUUUUAUUGGAACUUUCUUCACUGGCCGGCGGAAUGAAACCUCCUCCAACAACUGCUUUACCACCAAUUCCAAUGGAUGCCCAAUUAUCAACCAAUCGCAAAAAACCGCCUGAACUCACUGAAUUAAAGGCGACUCACUCCAGAAAUAAAAUGAUUCCCAAACAAGAUCUAACGCAAUCUGAACCGCAGAAUGAUUCAUUGUUGCCUACAAAAUCUCAACUUUCGUCAUAUAGUCCGCCAAAGACCUCCAAUAUAGUUAGCUCAAGCACCGAUACGUCCGUGUCAAUAUUUGGUUGGGAUGAUAGCACUGAUAAAAUUUAUGAAUCUGAUAGCAGUUUAUCUUCAAAAUGUUUGGAUAUUAUUGACUCUCCAACUUUACCACAACAUCCUUCUGUUUCAUCGGUAGCUACAAAAAACUUUUCAGGACUUUUAGUGACACCAAAUCGGUCAAUAACUCCAUGGACUGCAAAUGAUCAAAGAGAAUCAGAACAUUUUGACCCUGCUAAGUAUUACACAGAUAAAUAA